AGGACGGCGAUUGUUGUUGCGAGUAUGUCGUUCGUCGAGCAGCCGAUGUUCGGGCGGGAUAUCGCGGUGCCAGCUAGACUGCCGAUAAUCCUGAAGCAGUUCUGUAAGGCUGCGAUACGCACGCAGCCUUACGAUUUGCUCAAGUGGUCCAGCUCGUACUUCCGCGCACUAGCCGAUGGCGAGGAGCCGCCGAUUAAGUCGCGACUCGAAUACCCGCCACCGAGCACGGCUUCCGGCUUGACCUUGGGCUUCCUCAGGGUGCUAUUGCGGCAGUUUGGAAAUUACAACAAGAUGCUUCCGAUCGAGACAAUCUUGCGUCGCUGGGAUUGCCUCUGCCUGGAUCAUAGGGAUUUCGAUACGAUCCUUGCGAUCGGUAGAUUCCAUCAUACUUGCCAGGUGAAGAAGUUCCUCGCUGUAGCGGUGGGCCUGCUCGGCGCCAAUCUCACCGAGACGAUGAUCAUGGUUUGCCAAUUGUUUAGCCACGAGCCAGACGGAGGAUCUGCGAUGAUCCCGCUCACUUUGUUUAUGGAGAUAUACGAAUAUUUAGCGGGACUUGCAUGCGAUGGCAAUGAGAAGAACACGUUCGAUCAGGAUACAACAGAGCGUACAAUGUGCAAAGAGAGUUCCGUCGAUCAUACAACAUGUUCUGUAAAUAGCCAAGAUACCGAUGUGGACAUUAAUUUAGAUUCAGACCUGAUAUCCAAAGAUGAGGUUGAUCUAUCGAAAACUGAUCUGUCAACAGAGCUGAUAGAGAACAGUUUAUUCGAAGGAGAAGCUAAUUAUGAAGAAAAAGGAAAUAAAUCUUUGACUAAUCAAAAAGAUGAUAGUUCGAUUGAUAAAGACAGCACAGAUAACAAUGAUAUCAGUAAGAAAUUCUGUGAAGUAAAAGACGUUAAUAGUGAUAGAAACUUAUCUUCUGGAGUAGAGAAGGAUGCGAAAAUUACUUGCUUUCCGAAUGUGCCAGGUAUAGGACCACGUUUGUCAGCCGAGCGAGUUGCAAACGUAACGGCAUGGAUGCUCGAGUGUGCGAGACUGCAAGAGGGUAUGGUCGGGCCGCGAAAUAUUCGACACAUGAACUGCCCAUCUUUACACGAACGAUCGAUAUCAAAGUCAUGAUAACGUCUCGUUAUUUCAUAAUAAUGAAUGCGAAGAACACAAAUAAACACGAAAUAACUGGCAAGAUUAAAAUCUUUGAUCUAGAGACGUAAUUA